AUGGGUGUUGACAUCCGCCACAACAAGGACCGAAAGAGCCAGGACAUCUACCUGCGGCUGCUGGUCAAGCUGUACAGGUUUCUGGCCAGGCGAACCAACUCCACCUUCAAUCAGGUUGUGCUGAAAAGGUUAUUCGUGAGUCGCACCAACCCGCCACCUCUGUCCCUGUCCCGGAUGAUCCGAAAGAUGAAGCUUCCUGGCCGAGAAAACAAGACGGCUGUGGUUGUGGGGACGGUCACAGAUGACGUGAGGAUUCUCGAUGUGCCCAAACUGAAGGUGUGUGCACUGCGGGUGAGCAGCCGGGCCCCAAGUCGCAUUCUCAAGGCUGGGGGUAAGAUCCUCACCUUUGACCAGCUGGCCUUGGAGUCUCCCAAGUGCCGUGGCACUGUGCUCCUGUCUGGACCUCGGAAGGGCCGAGAGGUGUACUGGCAUUUUGGCAAGGCCCCAGAAACCCCACACAGUCAUACCAAACCCUAUGUUCGCUCCAAGGGCCGGAAGUUUGAACGUGCCAGAGGCAGAAGGGCCAGCCGUGGCUACAAAAACUAACCCUGGAUCUUACUGUUAUUAAAAAGCUUUGGAUG